UGUCCUCGCUUAUAUAUACUGUUUUAAGUGGUUUUUUUUUCUUCUUAUCUAGUUGCAUCAUAACACACAAACACAUUGGGCGUACGUGACUCCUCUGCUUCCUCUGUCAAUGGAUAGUUCAGUCUCUGGUGACACAGAAGCUCAGAGCUCUGGCGAUGCAAGCAGCAAGCGCGGUGGCUGGAUCACUUUUCCGUUCAUGAUCGCUACGUUGUUAGGCCUUUCCGUGACUUCUUUCGGAUGGGUAAUGAACUUGAUCGUCUUCCUAAUCGAAGAGUUCAACAUCAAGAGCAUCGCUGCUGCACAGAUUUCAAACGUUGCUAAUGGAUGUCUCAGCAUGUUGCCUGUUGUUGCAGCCAUUCUAGCUGAUUCUUUCUUCGGAAACAUUCCUGUCAUCUCGGCCUCAGCUUUCAUUUCUCUCCUUGGCAUUGUUCUCUUGACCUUGAUCUCAUCUUUGGACUACUUGAGACCUAGACCGUGUGAAACGGGGUCAGUCCUAUGCCAGUCUCCGUCAAAACUCCAGCUCGGGAUUCUGUAUACAGCUUUAGCUUUAGUGACCACUGGAGCAGGUGGGACGCGGUUCACUUUGGCAUCCGCGGGUGCAAACCAAUAUGAGAAACCUAAAGAACAAGGAAGCUUCUUCAACUGGUACUUCCUCACACUAUAUGCUGGAGCUAUUACUGGCGCAACAGCAAUUGUAUAUACACAAGACAAUGCCAGCUGGAAACUCGGGUUUGGUCUCUGCGCCAUCGCUAAUUUGAUCAGUUUCAUAGUUUUUGUCUCUGGGAAGAGACUAUACAAGCAUGACAAACCCAUGGGAAGCCCCUUCACGAGUCUGAUCCGCGUUGUGGUCGCUGCUAUAGCAAAAAGAAAAGUUGUGAUCACAUCCAAAGAAGAAGACUAUUACAGUGGGCUGGAAAAAGAGGGCAAGACUUUGGCUGCAGUGCCCUCUAAGAGCUUUAGGUUCUUGAACCGUGCAGCGUUAAAGACCGAAGAUGAUAACAUUUGGAGGCUAUGCUCUGUGCAAGAAGUAGAAGAUUUCAAAGCCAUUCUCCGAGUUCUUCCGCUUUGGCUAUCAAUCAUCUUCGUUAGUACUCCAAUGGUCAUGCAAACAAGCUUGGUUGUACUCCAAGCUCUAGUCACAGACCGUGGGCUCGGCCCUCACUUUCAAGUCCCAGCUGGUUCCCUCCAAGUCAUAAUAAUCUUCACUGCAUGCAUUGUUAUCAUGAUGAACAACUGGCUUGUCUACCCCACGUACCAGAAGCUAACUCAUAAGUCGAUGACACCGCUUCAAAAAGUCGGUGUAGGUCAGGUUCUCACAAUCCUAAGCAUGGCACUCUCUGCCUUCGUCGAAUCCAAGAGGCUAAAAACAGUUGAAAAUGAGCAUCCUAUGCCAGUGUUAUGGUUGUUUCCUCCCCUUGUGAUAGUAGGUAUAGGGGAAGCUUUCCAGUUUCCGGCGAAUAUUGAAUUAUUCUAUGGUGAGUUCCCCGAGUCUUUGAGGAACACCGCGACUUCGUUGACCUCACUAGUGAUUGGAAUCUCUUUCUAUCUGAGCACAGCUCUUAUCGAUGUUAUCCGAAGAACCACGGGGUGGUUACCAGAUGACAUUAACCACGGAAGAGUUGACAAUGUUUACUGGGUUUUAGUCAUUUUAGGUGUCUUGAAUUUUGGCUACUUCCUUGUAUGCUCUUGGUUUUACAGAUACAGAAACCUCAAGGAUAGUGAUCAGAAACAAGAUCAAAAAGAUGUUACAAACUAAAGACACAACUUGUUGUUUCAGUUUUCUCUAUACAUCACAAUUGUCUCCAUGUCUUGAAAUUAGUAUCUUACAUGCUCCUCCUGUUAACUUUAUUUGUAUGUAAAUUUUAAUAAGUGUGUUUUUGUAUGUUUACCAGCAUUAGAAAAUGAUACGUUGAAACUGA